UUUCCUCAGACACAUCACACACACUCUCUCUCUCUCUUUACAGAGGGAGAAAGAAAGAGGAGAGAGAAAGAGAGGAAAUGUAUACGGCAGAGAGGACAGAAAAAAACACAGAUUUUUCCAGCCAUAUCAUACCUUAUUAUAUCUCCUUCACCUUUUCCCCUCUCUCUCUGCCACUCAGAUCAGAUCCAUCAAACCCUUCUCACACUCUUCCUCUCUCUUUCUCUCUCUCUCUCUCCCUAAAACCAAAUCUUGCAGCUACAAAACAAACACUCAUCCCCUCACUCUCAAAACCCCUCACUCCACUCCACUCUUUCCUGACCUCCAACAACUUUCAUGAAACAAUCACACCUUAUUUAAAACCUAGACACACUCCAAAAGUCCGUUCUGGGUUUUCUUCCCAACGACUGUCUCGUUGUUUGUUUGAUUUCUCUCUCUCGACACCCAUGGACAUCAUGAGCUUCUCCACCCAAUUUGAUCACAACACCCACCUGCCACCCGGCUUCCGCUUCCACCCCACCGAUGAGGAGCUCAUCACCUACUACCUCCUCAAGAAGGUCCUUGACAGCAGCUUCACCGGCCGUGCCAUUGCUGAAGUCGACCUCAACAAGUGUGAGCCUUGGGAGCUCCCUGACAAGGCAAAGAUGGGGGAGAAAGAGUGGUACUUUUUCAGCCUGCGUGACCGGAAAUACCCGACGGGGCUCCGAACCAACAGGGCAACUGAAGCCGGGUACUGGAAAGCCACCGGAAAGGACAGGGAGAUUUACAGCUCCAAGACUUGUGCGCUCGUUGGGAUGAAGAAGACUUUGGUUUUUUACCGCGGUAGAGCUCCCAAGGGUGAAAAAUCCAACUGGGUCAUGCAUGAGUACCGUCUUGAAGGCAAAUUUGCCUACCACUAUCUCUCCCGGAGCUCCAAGGACGAGUGGGUCAUUUCCCGGGUUUUCCAGAAGAGCAGCGGAUCAGCCGCUACCGGACCCGGAUCCAAAAAGACUCGGAUGGGCAACGGCUCCACCAGCAGCGUCUCUCUCUGCCCAGAACCCAGCUCCCCCUCCUCCGUUUCUCUCCCGCCCCUCCUCGACUCCUCCCCUUACCAACCCGUCUCUGCCGCCGGCGACGGCUGCUCUUACGACAGUCCAAUCCCCAUGGAGCACGUGUCCUGUUUCUCCACCAACCCUAGUAACAAUGGCUUCAACCUCCCAGCCUCGUGCUUCGACCUGGCUCACCCUCCUCCGCCCCAGCCGCCGAACUUUGGCGGCGUCUCGGCCUUCCCGAGCCUCCGGUCUCUGCAGGAGAAUCUCCAGCUGCCACUCUUCUUCUCCCCAAUGCCGGCUCAUCCUCCUGUCCACGUUGGCAGCUCUGUCGCUGGCGGCGGAUCCUCCGUCGAUUUCACCGGGAACUGGCCUCCGGUAUCCGAGGAAGUCAGGGCAGUUGGCCCCACGGAGCUUGAUUGCAUGUGGAAUUACUUCAAGACCGAGUGUCUUUGAAAAUCAUGGAGGCUUCCACACGUGCGGGGGUGUUUCAGACUUUUUAUUCGAAAACGCCCGAUUCACUUCGUAGUAGCAGGGCUAGUUUCGGUAUUUCAGUUGUGACGUUAUCAGUAGUUUAUGUUUGUUUUAUGUUUGGCCUGUGAUUAUAUGACUGCAUGAGACUAUGACCGACUCUGGUGUGUUUUAUUACCUAAGUAAUCUAAUGGUGAAUUUAGUAA